AUGCCAUCCUCCAGCGUCGUUCCGUUGCAUCUGCGCCAGCGCUCGUCGAGCAAGACCGAGUGCAUAGUCCACCAGCUCCUCGAGGGCCAAAGAUGGGCAAGGCACCCCUCGGUCGCCAGCGCAGCAACCGCUGGCGGUGCUCAGCAUGAAAGCCACAAUCGUCACGCCGACGAUGACUCGAGCAAUGCUGUGCACCGACAACGCAGCCGCCCCCGGUCGCCAAGCCCAGCAGGAGACAUACCCAGCGAAAGGGGGCUAGACGACGUGCCAGAUCUCAAGGGCGCCGGAGCCGCCGCUGCCGUCUCCCCCGCUGCCGCCGCCGGCGGCAACAGCGGCGGCCAGAAGAGCCUCCGGUGCGACAUCCUCGACGGCGAUUCGAGCGAGACGAGCAACGGCGGGCCCGGCGGCGGCAUCGGCCAGCUCGACGAGCGCGAGUGGAAGGCACAGAUAGUCAAGACGACGUCGGAGAUCGACCUAAGCGCCUCGACUGCUGCUGCUGCGGCGGCGGCGGCGGCGGCGGCAGCAGGCGGCGGCGGUGCGCCGGCCCCAGAGGUGCAGAGCCGGCUGCUCACCAAGAAGCAGCUGAGCGACAUGGCGUGGGGGGUGCGCGAGCUGAGCCGGCGGCUAGGCAGCGUGCGCCUGCGCUUCCGCGUCAAGUCCAUCUUCAUCCUCACCAAGAUCCACGACCGGGACCUCGUCCACAAGGCGCGUCAGCUGACGCGCUGGCUGCUGGACCGCGACCGCGACGUGCGCUACACCGUCUACGUCGAGCGCGACCUCAGGGACAACAAGCUGUUUGACGCCGCCGGGCUCGUCGACGAGGUGCGCCGCGACUUCGCCGCCGCGCACGACGAUGGCGAGGCAAGCGACGGGGCGAGCGCCGCGGACGUGGCUAGGCGCCUCCGCUACUGGGACGAAGGCAUGUGUCGCGCGCGGCCGCACACGUUUGACUUUGUCAUCACGCUCGGGGGCGACGGCACCGUCCUGUACGCGAGCUGGCUGUUCCAGCGCAUCGUGCCGCCCGUCCUGAGCUUCGCACUGGGGAGCCUCGGGUUCCUGACCAAGUUCGACUUUGAGGACCACCAGCACAUCUUGACGGGCGCCUUCACCGAAGGCGUCAGCGUCAGCCUGAGACUGCGCUUCGAGGGAACCGUGAUGAGGAGCCAGCGCAGGAGGAAGAAGCGGCAGCAGCACCCGAACCUGCUUACCGACGGCGGGGAAAAGGAGGAAACCGACGAUGGCGAAGCUAAGCUGGAGCGGCAGCGGGAUCUAGUGGAGGAGCUCAUUGGCGAGGAAAAGGAGGACGAGCACACACACCGGCCAGACGGGACGUUCGAGGUCUUGAACGAGAUCGUGGUAGACCGAGGGCCAAACCCGACCAUGUCGUCGAUAGAAAUCUUUGGCGACGACGAGCACUUCACGUCGGUGUCGGCCGACGGGGUGUGCGUGUCGACGCCGACGGGGUCGACGGCGUACAACCUGGCGGCGGGCGGGUCGCUGUGCCACCCCGAGAACCCCGUCAUGCUGGUCACGUCCAUCUGCGCGCACACGCUGUCGUUCCGCCCCAUCAUCCUACCCGACACCAUCGUGCUGCGGCUCGGCGUGCCCUACAACGCGCGCACCAGCUCGUGGGCCAGCUUCGACGGCCGCGAGCGCGUCGAGCUCGCCCCCGGCGACUACGUGACUAUCAGCGCCAGCCGCUACCCCUUCGCCUGCGUCCAGGCCCACGGCCGCAGGAGCGAGGACUGGAUCAACAGUAUCAGUGCCAAGCUCGGCUGGAACACGCGCACGAAGCAGAAGGCGUUCAAGGAAUGGGGCAAGUGA